UCUGUUGUCUGUUUGCGUGAAUAUCAAGUGAAUUAUCAUGUUUUGCAAGUUAUGCUAAUUCACACUAUAUUUUAAUCAUAACUUUAUACAAUAUUAAACAUAGUGUUAUAUAAAGUUUACAGUAUAUAUUUUAUACGACAAAUAUUAUAAUAUUUAUUAUAAACAUAUAUUAAUUCUAUUGAAUAAAACAUUUUGGUAAAUAUGGUAUUAAUUAAUUCGGAGACUCAUCAGGCGAUGGUUACCCGACAGCGGAUCAAAACCAACGCCAAAAGGGGUGGUUUGUUGGCCGGUAUCGGCGGUCUCAUUGUGAUUGGCUUUCCAAUGCUGGUCAGCACAGGUAUGAACAGUCCGGUGGGCUUUCAAAUCAAAGAAGGUAACGUUAUAACGAGCGCCUGGCUUGACGUUCCCCUUCCCAUAUAUAACGCUAUUUAUGUCUGGAAUAUUGAAAAUCCGGCUGAGUUUAGACGCGGGGCCAAAGCCAAGCUCAGAGAAAUGGGUCCUUAUGUUUAUAAGCAGCACCGGUGGAAAGAGGUUAUCUCGUGGGGCCGUAACCAGGAGUCGGUCAAGUUUUGGGCCCUCUCUUCCUGGGAGUUCAACGAAGAGCGCACUGUUGGCACCCAGAAGGACAAAAUCACCAUGAUCAAUCUACCUGUCUAUGCAAUGGCGGCUGUGGUGAGAGGUCUGGUGGAGAAACUACCAUUGUCGUUUGCCAUCGCACCGGUAGCCUUUGGCGCUGUAAACGUACUGUUUAUGACACACGGAGAGGGACUCUUGAAAGAGAUGACUGUCGCCGAUCUCGUGGAGGGCUAUCCCUUCCGCAUAUUGGAUACCAUCGAUGUGUUGACAAAGCCGUUGACGUGGUUUGGCAUUAAACUGCCCGACACUGGAAUGCCUCAGAAUAAGUUUGGUUUAUUACACGUCAAGAAUUUCACCAAGGGUGGUCCCUAUGAGGUUUAUACCGGGCAACAGGGCACCAAGUUUCUUAAAUUCAUCUCGUACCAAGACAAA